AUGAACCAGGGCCCACACCGACCCCGUCUUAGGAUAGAUAGUUUUAAUGAACCAAAACCCACACCAUUCCCGUGUCAGGAUAGUUUUAAUGAACCAAGGCCCACACCAUUCCAGUGUCAGGAUAGUUUCAAUGAACCAAGACCCACACCAUUCCAGUGUCAGGAUAGUUUUAAUGAACCAAAACCCACACCAUUCCCGUGUCAGGAUAGUUUUAAUGAACCAAGGCCCACACCAUUCCAGUGUCAGGAUAGUUUCAAUGAACCUAGACCAACACCAUUCCAGUGUCAGGAUAGUUUCAAUGAACCAAAACCCACACCAUUCCAGUGUCAGGAUAGUUUUAAUGAACCAAAACCCACACCAUUCCCGUGUCAGGAUAGUUUUAAUGAACCAAAACCCACACCAUUCCCGUGUCAGGAUAGUUUUAAUGAACCAAGACCCACACCAUUCCAGUGUCAGGAUAGUUUCAAUGAACCAAAACCCACACCAUUCCCGUGUCAGGAUAGUUUCAAUGAACCAAAACCCACACCAUUCCCGUGUCAGGAUAGUUUCAAUGAACCAAAACCCACACCAUUCCAGUGUCAGGAUAGUUUUAAUGAACCAAGGCCCACACCAUUCCAGUGUCAGGAUAGUUUUAAUGAACCAAAACCCACACCAUUCCCGUGUCAGGAUAGUUUUAAUGAACCAAGACCCACACCAUUCCAGUGUCAGGAUAGUUUCAAUGAACCAAAACCCACACCAUUCCCGUGUCAGGAUAGUUUCAAUGAACCAAAACCCACACCAUUCCAGUGUCAGGAUAGUUUUAAUGAACCAAGGCCCACACCAUUCCAGUGUCAGGAUAGUUUUAAUGAACCAAAACCCACACCAUUCCCGUGUCAGGAUAGUUUUAAUGAACCAAGACCCACACCAUUCCAGUGUCAGGAUAGUUUCAAUGAACCAAAACCCACACCAUUCCCGUGUCAGGAUAGUUUCAAUGAACCAAAACCCACACCAUUCCAGUGUCAGGAUAGUUUUAAUGAACCAAGGCCCACACCAUUCCAGUGUCAGGAUAGUUUCAAUGAACCAAAACCCACACCAUUCCCGUGUCAGGAUAGUUUCAAUGAACCAAAACCCACACCAUUCCAGUGUCAGGAUAGUUUUAAUGAACCAAGGCCCACACCAUUCCAGUGUCAGGAUAGUUUCAAUGAACCAAAACCCACACCAUUCCCGUGUCAGGAUAGUUUCAAUGAACCAAAACACACACCAUUCCAGUGUCAGGAUAGUUUUAAUGAACCAAGACCAACACCAUUCCAGUGUCAGGAUAGUUUCAAUGAACCAAGACCCACACCAUUCCAGUGUCAGGAUAGUUUUAAUGAACCAAAACCCACACCAUUCCCGUGUCAGGAUAGUUUUAAUGAACCAAGGCCCACACCAUUCCAGUGUCAGGAUAGUUUCAAUGAACCAAGACCCACACCAUUCCAGUGUCAGGAUAGUUUUAAUGAACCAAAACCCACACCAUUCCCGUGUCAGGAUAGUUUUAAUGAACCAAGGCCCACACCAUUCCAGUGUCAGGAUAGUUUCAAUGAACCUAGACCAACACCAUUCCCGUGUCAGGAUAGUUUCAAUGAACCAAAACCCACACCAUUCCAGUGUCAGGAUAGUUUUAAUGAACCAAGGCCCACACCAUUCCAGUGUCAGGAUAGUUUCAAUGAACCAAAACACACACUAUCCAGUGAUAGUUUCAAUGAACCAAAACCCACACCAUUCCAGUGUCAGGAUAGUUUCAAUGAACCAAAAUCCACACCAUUCCCGUGUCAGGAUAGUUUCAAUGAACCAAAACCCAUACCAUUCCCGUGUCAUGAUAGUUUCAAUGAACCAAUGCACACACCAUUCCCGUUUCAGGAUAGUUUCAAUAAACCAGGGUCCACACCGGCCCCGUCUUAG